CCCACUAAAUUCUGACAAUGUUUGCCCCAGAUUAUUUAAAUUGACACCACAGAAAAUGGGCCCCAAAACAAAAAUAAAUUCUAUUGAUGAGUUUUUAUUAACAUUAAUGAAGUUGCGACUUGGUCUGCUAAAUAAAGACUUAGCAGAUAGAUUCGGAGUUUCCGAAGGAUAAUGCUCCAAAAUUUUCCAUAGUUGGAUAAGAGGAAUGUCUGAGUAUUUCAAGAAUUUCAUUUUUAUGCCAGAUAUGGGUGCAAUACUUGCUACAACACCUCAAAGAUAUAAAAAGUUUGAUAAUUUAUCAUCAAUUAUAGAUUGCUCAGAAAUUUUUAUUGAAACACCGAAAAAUUUAGCGUUACAAAGUGUCACAUGGUCAGAUUACAAGCACCAAAACACAUUAAAAUUUUUAAUAUCAAUUGCUCCUAAUUCAAGUAUAACAUUUAUUUCAAAAGCUUACACAGGACGAAUUAGUGAUAAAAAAAUUACAAUAGACUCUAAGUUUUCAGAUAUUUUACCAAAAUACAGCACAUUAAUGGCAGAUAAAGGUUUUAGUUUAUAUGAUGAAUGUGCUGCUAGAUCGUUGUAUUUUCUAGUUCCACCAGGUAAACGUGGUGCAACUCAGAUGACUCCAGGUGAAAUUAAAAAAACUAGCAAUAUUGCUAAAGUUAGAAUUUUAGUUGAGCAAGUCAUAAGAAGACUCAAAACUUUCAAAAUCAUCGCAAAUGAGAUACCGAUAUCUAUGCUUUCUCAUGUUGAUGAUAUUUUAGUUGUAUGUGCUGCAUUAUGUAAUUUUAAAAAACCAAUUUAUUCAGACUAAUUUAGAAUUAUUCUUAGAACAUAUUGUAUCUUAUAUCUUUUUAUGCUAUUGUAUUGUGUGCUAUAUCUCUUUAUGCUAUAUAUAAUGUAUGCUAUAUCUUUUUUUAUUUAUUUUGCAUAGAAAAAAUAAAUAA